CCGGCGAGGUCGGUUCCGCCCGACUCUAACAUGGCGGCGCCCUUUGUCUGCUCUGAAGUGCCGUCCCCGGCCUCCUCGCGGCCGUGAUGCACCUCCCUCGGCGGUGGGGCCCAGGACAUGGCAGGUAAUGAGCUGGAGGAGGAGAACCAAGCUGGAGUUUACGCAGACAAACUGUCAGAAAAGAGUAGCCUGGGCUGCUUGGAAAUCUGAGCCAUGGAUUUCCCCCAGCACAGCCAGCACGUCUUGGAGCAGCUGAACCAGCAGCGGCAACUGGGGCUUUUGUGUGACUGCACUUUUGUGGUGGACGGUGUUGACUUUAAGGCCCAUAAAGCUGUUCUGGCGGCCUGCAGCGAGUACUUCAAGAUGCUCUUCGUGGACCAGAAGGAUGUGGUGCACCUGGACAUCAGUAACGCGGCAGGCCUGGGGCAAGUGCUGGAGUUUAUGUACACAGCCAAGCUGAGCCUGAGUGCUGAGAAUGUGGAUGAUGUGCUGGCUGUGGCCAGCUUCCUGCACAUGCAGGACGUCAUCACGGCCUGCCACGCCCUCAAGUCGCUCACCGAGCCGGCCUCCAGCCCUGGGCAGAAUCCAGAGGUCCCGGCCGUGGAAGGAGGGGACAAGAGAGCCAAAGAGGAGAAGACUGCUGCCGCCACGGUGAGCCAGCUGGACCCCGCUGGAAGCAGUCCACCCGUGGGCCCGGGCCGGGAGCCCAAAGAGGAGCGAGGCGGCCAGGCCGAGAGUGCGGCCAGCGGUGCAGAGCCCACGGAGAAGGCUGACGCCCGGGAGCCGCCAGUGGAGCUCAAGCCCGACCCCACGGGUGGCAUGGCUGCUGCUGAGGCUGAGGCCGCCUUGUCAGAGAGCUCGGAGCAAGAGAUGGAGGUGGAGCCAGCGAGGAAGGGAGACGACCCGCCGGAGGAGGAGGAGGGCGUGCCUGCUGCGGUCAAGGAGGAGGGGCCGCCGCUGGAGAAGGGGGACGCGCCCGAGGAGAGCGAGGAGUCGGCGAGCACGGACUCGGGGCAGGAGCUGGGCGCCGAGGCCCGCGGCCUGCGCUCCGGCACCUACGGGGACCGCACGGAGUCCAAGGCCUACGGCUCGGUCAUCCACAAGUGCGAGGACUGCGGGAAGGCGUUCACGCACACCGGCAACUUCAAGCGGCACAUCCGCAUCCACACCGGCGAGAAGCCCUUCUCGUGCCGCGAGUGCAGCAAGGCCUUCUCCGACCCGGCCGCCUGCAAGGCCCACGAGAAGACCCACAGCCCGCUGAAGCCCUACGGCUGCGAGGAGUGCGGCAAGAGCUACCGGCUCAUCAGCCUGCUGAACCUGCACAAGAAGCGGCACUCGGGCGAGGCGCGCUACCGCUGCGAGGACUGCGGCAAGCUCUUCACCACCUCGGGCAACCUCAAGCGCCACCAGCUGGUGCACAGCGGCGAGAAGCCCUACCAGUGCGACUACUGCGGCCGCUCCUUCUCCGACCCCACCUCCAAGAUGCGCCACCUGGAGACGCACGACACGGACAAGGAGCACAAGUGCCCGCACUGCGACAAGAAGUUCAACCAGGUGGGGAACCUUAAGGCCCACCUGAAGAUCCACAUCGCCGACGGGCCCCUCAAGUGCCGAGAGUGCGGGAAGCAGUUCACCACCUCAGGGAACCUGAAGCGGCACCUUCGGAUCCACAGCGGAGAGAAGCCCUACGUGUGCGUCCACUGCCAGCGGCAGUUUGCCGACCCCGGUGCCCUGCAGCGGCACGUCCGCAUCCACACGGGCGAGAAGCCGUGCCAGUGCGUGAUGUGCGGCAAGGCCUUCACCCAGGCCAGCUCCCUCAUCGCUCACGUGCGCCAGCACACCGGGGAGAAGCCCUACGUCUGCGAGCGCUGCGGCAAGAGGUUCGUCCAGUCCAGCCAGCUGGCCAAUCACAUCCGCCACCACGACAACAUCCGCCCCCACAAGUGCAGCGUGUGCAGCAAGGCCUUCGUGAACGUGGGGGACCUGUCCAAGCACAUCAUCAUUCACACCGGAGAGAAGCCUUACCUGUGUGACAAGUGCGGCCGCGGCUUCAACCGAGUGGACAACCUGCGUUCCCAUGUGAAGACCGUGCACCAGGGCAAGGCUGGCAUCAAAAUCCUGGAGCCAGAGGAGGGUGGUGAGGUCAGCGUGGUCACUGUGGACGACAUGGUCACGCUGGCCACCGAGGCCUUGGCAGCAACGGCUGUCACUCAGCUCACAGUGGUGCCUGUGGGGGCCGCGGUGACCGCCGACGAGACCGAAGUACUUAAAGCAGAGAUCAGCAAAGCUGUGAAGCAGGUGCAGGAAGAAGACCCCAACACCCACAUCCUCUAUGCCUGUGACUCCUGUGGGGACAAGUUCCUGGACGCCAACAGCCUGGCCCAGCACGUGCGGAUCCACACGGCCCAGGCCCUGGUCAUGUUCCAGACGGACGCAGACUUCUACCAGCAGUACGGGCCGGGCAGCACGUGGCAGGCCGGGCAGGUGCUGCAGGCGGGGGAGCUGGUCUUCCGCCCUCGGGAGGGGACCGAUGGCCAGCCUGCCCUGGCAGAGACGCCCCCCACCGGCCCCGAAUGUCCACCACCUGCCGAGUGAGCAGGCGCCCCCCCCCCGACUAUUUAAGGAUGGAUGGCACCCUAGAACUGAGAGGGGUGGCCCCAUUCUCUAGAGAGAAUAAAUUUGAUUAUUUUCUAA